AUGGGUAAGACUAUUCUCAGCUGCCGUAAGGGUAACGGGUCUGUGUACCAGGUGCACGGCCACAAGCGCCUCGGACCCGCCAAGCUCCGUAUUCUCGACUACGCCGAGCGCCACGGCUUUAUGCGCGGUGUUGUGAAGACCAUUGAGCACGAGCCUGGGCGUGGAGCCCCACUCGCCCGUGUGGAGUUCCGCCACCCGUACAAGUACCGCCGCGUGAAGGAGCUGAUGGUGGCCCCGGAGGGUAUGUUCACUGGCCAGUCGAUGCUCUGCGGUGUGAAGGCGCCCCUGGCGAUUGGCAACGUCCUGCCGCUCGGUCAGAUCACGGAGGGCUGCAUUGUGUGCAACGUGGAGGCAAAGGUCGGCGACCGCGGCACCAUCGCCCGCGCCUCAGGUGACUACUGCAUCAUCAUCUCCCACAACCACGAGACAGGCCGCACCCGCCUGAAGCUGCCAAGCGGACAGAAGAAGACUGUCCCCAGCAGCUGCCGUGCCAUGAUCGGUAUCAUCGCUGGCGGUGGCCGUAUUGAGAAGCCAGUGCUGAAGGCCGGUAACUCCUUCUACCGCUUCCGCGGCAAGCGCAACUGCUGGCCCAAGGUCCGUGGUGUGGCCCGUAACCCAGUCGAGCAUCCCCAUGGUGGUGGUAACCAUCAGCACAUUGGUCACCCCUCAACGGUGUCCCGCAAUGCUCCACCAGGACAGAAGGUCGGUCUCAUCGCCGCCCGCCGCACUGGACGUAUUCGCGGUAGCAGGGCCGUCAAGGGCGCAUGGCACCCAGAGGAGUAA